UCUCUCUCUCUCUCUCUCUCUCUGCUGUUGCUGUUGCUGCUACCGCUGCUGCUGCCGCUGCCGCUGCAGCACUCCGCUCCGGGCUGGUUCCUAUUCAAAUGUGGGUCAGGGGUGAGGAAGCGUAACGUCAUAAGCUUGCAACAUGGCGUCCCGAAGGCUGUGAGAUGAGCAAGAGGAUGGUAAAGAACGCUUGAGAACCACCCUACCCAUGUAAGAAGCUUCAGGUGGCGUUGGUGUAGGAAGAGAGCGAGCGACGCCGAAAGAAGGAAGGAAGGAAGGGCAGAAGGAAGGAAGGUGGAAAUGGAACUGCCAAAUCAUGCCAAACAACUGCUGCUGCAACUCAACCAACAGAGAGCCAAGGGCUUCCUGUGCGAUGUCAUCAUCGUGGUAGAGAAUGCGCUCUUCCGUGCCCACAAGAACAUCCUGGCGGCCAGCAGCAUCUACUUCAAGUCUUUGGUCCUCCACGAUAACCUCAUUAACCUCGACACGGAGAUGGUCAACCCUUCCGUGUUCAGGCAAGUUCUGGAUUUCAUCUACACCGGUAAGCUGCUCUCCUCCUCGGAGCAGGGCAGCGAGCAGAAUUUCAGCGCCCUGUUAACUGCGGCCAGCUACCUCCAGCUCCACGACCUCGCCGCCCUGUGCAGAAAGAAGCUCAAGCGCAGCGGCGGGAAAGCCCCGCCCGGCAAGCCUUCCGCUCCCGGCCCCCUUAGCCGACUACGCCUCAACAACCAGCGCCUUUCCUCCUCCACGCCCGCCGGGCCCAACAACCACUAUCAGGCCAGCCCUUCGGACGCCGAGCAGCCGCUGCCGCUGCCGGACGAAGGCCUUCGGGACAAGCUCUCCGACGACGAAAUGUAUAUCGGCAGUUCGGGCGGGAGGAGCGCCGCCGCCGCCGCCGGCGGCAACGGAAGCAGUAACGGUAACCUCAGCAGCGGAGGAAGCGCCGGCGAGCCCGAUCUCGGGCUGGACCUGACCAAAAAGAGCCCUCCCUCGGCAGGCACGCCACUCACCGACGCCCUGAGCCCCCACAGCAACUCCCAAGAAUCCCCUCAAUCUGCCUCAGUAUCCACAACCAACAGUGCCUCCCUGGACGACUCUUCCACCACCCUCCACAACGCCGACGUCUGCAGCUCGGACGCCGCCGAGCUCAACUGCGCUUCGAAAGGCGACAACGGCCAGCACGACGGACCCCCGCCCCAGAAGAAGUAUCGGCAGGGCGGGCGCAAGAACGAAUGGCCCAAAAAGGAGGCGUCGGGGUUGAAGUCUGACGAUCACGACAGGCCUCUGGUCAACGGGGUGAUAGUGGGGCCCAAAGACGGCGGACCCGCCGGCAACGACCAAAGCCUCCGCUGCAAAGACGACGAAGAGGGAGGCGAAAACGGCCAGGACCACAGCGAGGAGAGCGGUCAGAGCGAAGGAGAGAGCGCAGGGGGCGGACCAGGCGGGGCCCACCAGAACGCCAACUACGUGUACCGCCAGGAAGGUUUCGAGCCGGCCUUCGGGGACAACCUCUACGUGUGCAUCCCCUGCGGCAAAGGCUUCCCCAGCUCGAGCAACUCAAACGCUCACGUGGAAACGCACACCGAGGACGAGCUCUACGUCAAAGAGGAAGCGGGGGCCCUGGUGAAAGAGGAAGACGAGGAGGAGGCCGAGGACCUGUCGGCCCCCGUGGGGCCCUCCCGCUUUGGCUCGGAAGCCCGCCCUUUCAAGUGCACCGUUUGCAAUAAGAGCUACAAGGACCCGGCCACGUUGCGGCAACACGAGAAGAGCCACUGGCUGACCCGGCCCUUCCCGUGCAACAUCUGCGGCAAAAUGUUCACCCAGAGGGGCACCAUGACGCGCCACAUGCGCAGCCACCUGGGCCUCAAGCCCUUCGCCUGCGAGGAGUGCGGCAUGCGCUUCACCCGCCAGUACCGGCUGACCGAGCACAUGCGCGUGCACUCGGGCGAGAAGCCCUACGAAUGCCAGCUGUGCGGCGGCAAGUUUACGCAACAGCGCAACCUCAUCAGUCACCUGAGAAUGCACACCUCGCCCUCCUAGAAAAGCAACCAACGCAUCAAGCCAAAGAACUCUGGGAAGAAAUAGCAAGCGAAACACAGAGAAACAAACGCACAGUUUUGGAUUGCGCUCGCUCGCUUUACCGCCCCUGCCCUGCCCUGCCCUGCCCUGCCCUGGCCGGCCGGCCGGGUGAGCGUUGUUGCCAUCUUACCAUGCUGGGCGCAUUGACCAUUGUCACCGUCGCUUUCAAGUGACAUACGCUCACUCACCUCUCAGGACUUAUAGAGGGACAGUUUACUCUUUUCUCUCUCUCUCUCUCUGUCUCUCUCUCUCUCUCUCUGUCUCUCUCUCUCCCUCCGUCUCUCUCUCUCUCUCUGUCUUUCGCUCUCUCUUUCUUUCUCUCAACCCAAAGUCAUAAAGCCGUGGCGUCAUAGCUUUGUGACUUGUGGUCUUUCAAGGCCGAAAAAUGUGAAUGUGGGUACCAAUGUAAUGUCCAGCCCUGCCCCCCCGCUCCCAAAUGCGUCUGUCUUCUCCUCUACCUUUGGAACAGCUUUUCACUGGUUGUCAGCUGAACGAUAGCUCAAGAGUUCCCUCUGCUCUCUGGCGCUAUUCUGACCAAAUAGAUUCAAAGAACCCAACACUGGCAAUAAUAAGCGUUUUCUUGGGGUUUUUUUUUUGGUAACCGACAGCUUUACAGCCUUUUUCUUUUUUGGAGCGCUGGGGCAUCUUGAUUUAAGACGAAGGGGGGUGACUCGGCUGGGUUCGGGACCAUGCUUUAACUGAUGGAAGGUUGUAGGUGGGAUCAAGGUUACGUUCUCUUGAUGGCUGUUGAACAUUCACUCUUUUCCCCUCUUGCCCGCUAGUGCAAACGUGGUUGGGAAAGAGGACUCCCGCCCGCCCCCCCCCCACCUUGAGGUACUUGUUUUACUUAAAGAACUUCUAAUGUUUCCGUGAAUGUUUAAACUGGAAGGUCUUGGGUUUUUCUUGUGGAUUGGGAGGGAGGGAUCUGUUUUUAAAGGGGGCUAAUAAGAAGAGGGUGAUUUAGACUGACCAAUAUGUUCAGUGGGUACGUUUAUUUUGUCUGUAUAGCUUUCCUCCCCUUGAGAGAGAGAAAAAAAAAAGAAGUCUAUUUAUAUGGGCUUGUGACCGACCUCGCUACCUCUGAUUACGAACUCUAUAUGUGGAUUAGUUGAAAGUUCCGAUGUAAUUAAGUGUAAAAAGUGUGUAGAUGAUCUUCACCUGAUGCUUUAACCUGCCCAUCUCUCAACACAGUUUUCUAUUCUCCUUAGCAGUGGUGGCUUCAGAAUGGAAUAUAGCUUUCCGGGUUGCCCCGCUCAGGGUGGCGCCGCCUCAAAAUGUACUGUAGCGUCUUUGCCAAGGCAAGGAAUGAUGGUUAGUUGGUUUUUAGGUGUAGUGUGUUCCAAAGAUCUUGUGAAUGUGGAGGACAGAGCUAACUAACAAACAUUGCUAGAUGAGUUCAAACCAAAGCUUUUUCAAAUAAAAAGAUGUACUUAAGAUAUAUAGCAUACUAAAUUAUUUCACUUUUGUUUUUCCUUUAUUUUUGUUCCUGUAUAAUACAAAUUUAUGAAUUAUAUUGUAAGUCCAUUGAAAGAAAUUCAUUCUUGACCUGGACUUUUGGCCAAUGACUCUGAGACAGAUGGAGAAAGGUUGUGGUGGUUUGCAAAGGAAAGCUUGUGCUGAUUGGUGGGCCGGUGAACUUUACCACCAUUUUUUUUUUUUUUUGGGGGGGGGGGGUUUGUUGUCUUUAUGUGCAGAGUCCUUAUCACUUUAUAUUCCCCAACUUUAAAAACAGGACUUGAUAAUAUGUUCUGUUCAGACCAAAAAGAAAAAAAAAAAAUCUAGGACUUAUAAUCAGAAAUUGAAUGUGAAGUUCAAGUUGCUUGUUUUUUUGUUUUUUUUUUAGCCAGACUUGUGAAAACUUGUAACAAGAAGGGAGAUGCACUGGACAGCUCCUCAUCGGUCUCCUGCAAAGAUCCUUUGUUAUUGUCGUCUCUGACUGUGUUCAACUGUGUCGCAUCAUUUUUUAUUUGAAGUUAUUCAAACUUCCCGAUGCAUUACCUCAUAAGCGAGCGAGUACAUGCUUAAAAUUGGGCCGCCGUUAUUAUGUAAUCGGCGGGCGCCACACGUAGUCACUAAAGCCUGUCCAGUGUAUCCACUCUUACACUGUGGACCUUCACUACAAGUUUUUGGUAUAGGCAUUCCUCUCUUUUUUUUUAUUAUUGUUGGGUUAGCCGUCUUCUUGAAUUUAUUUUGUUGUUGUUGUUUUUGGUUUCUUUGUUGCCCUCAUGGUCUGUGAAUUUAUCAUGUAAGGAUGCGGCCACAGUUACAACCUGCAUCCUGGAGUCCUGCAUUAGUUACUACUUGGUCAUGUUGCCGGUUAUGCAAUUACUAGUUGGCUAGUAAUUGCACGGUCGGUACAUGCCCCGCCCCUCCCCCUUGCUGUAAACCACAAACAUGCAUCCAUCCUCUGGCGCAAGAUGGAGUCCACGGUGCAUUGCCUUCUCGUACCUGUCAGCACUUGAUAUGGGGUGCAGCUCGAUGUAUGUCAUGCAACGGAUGUUUUUUUGUUUUUGUUUUUUUUUCGUACAAGAUAUCCAGCCAUUGCUGCAAAAAAAAAAGAAGAAAAAAAAAAAAGACUUUGUAGCUGCGUUUGAAUGCUUGUUGUGGGACAUUGCGAAACUCCAAACUGUGACAAUACUACUACUAAUACUUCUACUACUAGAGCUACGACUAGAACUACUACUAUACAAUUACUUCAGGGAUAGUUCUGCAUCUGUGAAUGCAGGCUCUCAGCUACAUUUGUAAGACAUAGUAUUGUAUCAAUUUCUCUGUAUUUUAAUGAUGGGUGGGGAGAAGAAAGCAAAACACUAGUUUCAUACAUAAAACAAAAGGGUGGGGGGGGGGGGGUGUUUUCAACUAACACAAAGAGCCUUGACAAAAGGUGAGGCAGCUCAAACACGUCUACAUUUUAGUCGAUAACGCACUAUGUUCAUGAAUAGUUGCAAAGUUGUACAAAGACCUAAAAAAAGAAAAGCUCAUACCCAAAAUCCACAAACUAUUUUUUAAACCAAAGCACAUUUGAAUGACUAUGGAACCAUGUGUGGCUCGAGGAAAAGAAAAAAAAGAGAGAGAGAGAGAGAGAGAAACAUAUGUAUUUAUCUCAUUGUUUACAAACUUUUCCAGUUUUUACAGACCUCAAGUCAAGGCCAGUCAGAGUUGUUUUCUGUUUGUUUUGCGUCUUUCUUUCUUUCUUCCUCUCGCUGCUGCCAAAGCAAAAGCGUGGGCUCGGACUGCUGCAUAUUCAAUGAGGGGGAGGAGCAUGUUUGCUUUUCGAUGCACCCUCUGCCAGCUGGCUUUUGGGGUGACCCCGAACUCCCCCUCAUGCCCUCUGGCCUGUCUGGGGGGUGGGCAGUGCAUCCUUGAUGUGUUUGUUUAGUGGGGCUGCGUGUGGUGCAUAUCCGUGUUUGCCCACAUGCACUUGACGACCGACGGCCUCCUGGCGCUCGCUCUUCAGUAGUGGGAGGGGCCGGCCGGGGGCGAGGUCGCACGCUUUUUUGGGGUUUUUUUUUUUUCUUUUCUUUUUUUUUUUAAUGAUAAUCACAUCAGGUUGUUGGUAGCUUUUGAUUUGGUCCUCUGCAUGUACACGAGAAUAAUCUGCUAGUCUUAACUGUGAAUGUUUUUUCUCCUUGCUUUGUUUCUUGAUUUAUUUGGUUGUUGUUUUUUUAAGCUGCCGGUGUUGUGUGGGUCAAAGCAGCACAAACCUCUGGCUGGCUGAGCCUCCUUACAAAGUUGGUGCAAACACUUAUUGAUGGUGUUUAGUUUUGUUUUUUUUAAUCAAAUGUCAGUGAUGAAUGUAUUUAUUUGCGGUCCUGCCCUCAACCCUGCAAAGAAUAUUUGCUCAAAGUGUGAGACUGGGGUGAAGGCAGGACCCCCUAUUUUCUUUUCUUUCUUUUUUUCUUGAAUGUUUUUUGAGGAUUUCAAGCUGGGAAUCAAAAAAAUGCGAGAACAGCCAUUUACUGCAUUCUGUGAUCUUUUCUGGGAUUAUGAAUUUUUUUUUUUUUUUUUUUAAAUGGAUGGUCAAUAUCCAAUUUGUCACUCACACCUGAAUGUCUACCAAGUUUUAGUUCAUGUAUUUUUCGGCGGGUGUUUUCUUUUCUCCAACCGUAUGUUGUCACAGAAAGCAUCGUGAGCUGCGAUGCAAUUGGAGGCCACUGUAUUAUUAUUAUUAUUUUUUGAACUCGCUCUUCCUGGGUGUUGCCUUGCAUCUGCCAUUAAAUGACCUACCAAAACAUAAGCAACGACAUACACAUCAUCCACUCUUUUUAAUUGCUGAGAAUAUUUUUCUCAUUUUAAACCACACCUGCGUCUUUAACAUGUUAGUUCCGUCUGAGUUUUUUUUUUAUUCUUACAGAACCAUAGGGUGAGAUAGCUUUACGAAGUGCACUUUGUAUGUUUUUCAAAAGCUCCGGCUCGGCCCGAGGUGCUUUCAUAUCACUUCCCGCUUAACAGACACUUCCCUCACUCGAGUCGUACCUCAUCUCUUACUUGUGUUUGGUGGAAAUAACUUUUCUUUAUGCAGUGUUACAAAAGCUUUAAGAGAAAAACACAUUACACAAAGUAAGGAAAACUGGACCUUGAAGUUUGGUAGUUAGGCCCCUUUUUCCAUGACAACACGGUGGUACCUGCAGCUACUAUCGUUUCGGUACCCGCUCAGCUAACGGGCUGAGUCCAUUGAAGUAAAACGGAGGACACCGUCUACCUGCGUUAUUUAUUUGAGUUUGUUAGCACGUCAGCCUGUCGGAUGCAUUCCAAAAUGGCAUGGUUUUCGGUCCAGUGGAAAAGUAGCCCAAGGUUUUCAAAAUGUUAGCUUUGUUAGCUUAGCUGGCAUACUAGCUUUUGCCAUUCAGACUAAACCAAAGGCAGUCUUAAGAGUAACGAAAAGGGCCCUCAAAGCUCGUCUUAAGCUUUAUCGUCCCUCGCUUUAUCGCUCUUACGCCCAAAGCGCUACUUUUUUUUAACUCCGCCAUAUCUGCCAGUGCAUUUUACAUUUCAGUAUUUUCUGUACGUCCGUUGACUCGACACCAAAAUACCUCUUUCAAUGUUUACACAAAUGUGCUCUUGUACUCUAUUACACCUUAUGUUCUUUUUCCGUCCACCCAUGCCCAAAAUAGUGAUUAUUUUGGUAUCUACAUGGGUUUGUGGCUGUUUCCAGAAAGCCAUGACUAGCCGCUAAAACCUGUUAGCGAAACUAGCCGUUGACUUGCUUUUGGUUUGUUUUCUUGGGACAAAGUGCUCAAUAAUGUAUCAGGGUCUGCGGCCUGAGAAACUGUGUAACGUCCGCACGCACACGUAGGGCCUUUCUUGAUGACUAAUGAAGCAUGAAAAGCUUUCCCGCUGUCAAAGUGCGCACAACUGGGCUUCCUGCCCGUGCAAACACAGAUAGUCUAGACUUGCCCGAUGACACGCAACGCACACAUCAGUAUUUAAGGUGGUUUCCUGCGCGGCUUUGUGGGCAGCACCCAGGUGGGGCUUGGGCGGGCGGUCUCUCUCUCCCUUCAUGUCCGCUCACUUGUCACAGAGCUCUCGUAUUCAGGUCUGCCGCCGCCGUGCAUUGCCAAGGGGCUCGCAAAAACUCAAGUGUCAUAAAGUGUAAUACAGCUGACCUCAGCAUUCAUAACCUUGCAGUCUUAAUGUACAGCAUUGAGGCAAAUAAACUGUUAUUUUACAAUCUUUUCAUUAAAAGCUUGAUUGAAAACCAAA